CACCUGGGUGCUAGUUGACGUGUGGGUUGCAUCCUGGGGGACAAGAUUAAAGGACCCCCCAAUAGAAAUAAGACAGACAGCUCUCAAUGAUGCACUGACUUUCUUGGUUUAUCCUGAGUGGCUAACCCUCCCCCCAGGAUAAAAAUCCAAACAAAUCUUAUCUUAUUUCCUCUCAGACACUCCACACACUCUACCCUAUUUUUUCACUUCUUUUGGAACCACCGCCCAUCACUACUCAUCAGCAUCCAUCACUACCCACUAAGUUGCUGCUUAAGUGGCUGUAGACGAUGUUUUCCAUGAAGCGUAUUCAGGAAAAACUUGAGAGCAGUGAAAAUCUCUCUAAGAAGUCCACUUCUAAGAACCCAAAACCUACAAAUAAAAAUAGGAAACGGAAGGGCAGUGUUUCAGUUGCUGAACCCCAGCAACCUAUGGGUACAGAAGAUAAUCCCAGUUCGGAGAGAACCUUGGUUAAGAAAAUUAAAAUAAGUACAUUAGCAGAGGAUGUCCAGAAUAUAGGUACAAAUAUAAAUGAACAUGUUGACUCUCCUAAACUUAUGGCUUCAGAGGUGUCUGCUCCUACACACAAGAAGAAAACCACAAAAGAGAAGGUGUCCAAUGUCUUCAGUUCCCAAGUAAAGAAGAAAAAGAAUGGCAGUAUAGUUUUGGUUUGUUCUGCCAAACUCAAAAAAACAAAAAAAAGAAAAGUUAGUAGUAUUGUUAAGGAAUCAAAGAUAAAUAAAGCCAAGAAAGACUCUGAACAACUUAAUCAACAGACAGAUAAAUUAUCUGGCCUGAAGAAAAAUGAAUUGGAUUACUCAUGUCAGGCUGACAUGUCAUUUGAUGUUCUUGAUAAUGGGGAAGAAAGACCAUUUUAUAAGGUUGGGGAAAGUGAAAACCAGAAUUUGGGACAAUCAGAAGUUGGUUGUUUCUACCAAGCUCUGAACAUGUGGCAAGAUUCUGAUGGGGAAGAUCAAACACAGAGUGCACAGGUAGAAACAAAAAAUAUAGGUACAAAACAUAAGACCAUAUGUGACAGAGCUGAUCAUCCACAAGGAAUAAUAAAGACAAAAAGUAAUAAACACUUGUUAAUAGGAGAGGUUGCAUCUGUAACAGCCACUAGUAGAGAUACCCUUGUGGCAGCUAUUACCCCUGGAUCCACCAUAUAUAUUCAUGGACUGGUGCGUAUUUGUCCUUUACUGGGUACUGCUAAAGUGCUGGGCUACACACUACAGGAAGGAGAAAUGCAGACAGUUUAUUCAGUUUCUUCUGGUGCCUUACUUGGUAUCAGUGCAGUGAGUGCUGGCAACAUGAACUCCAUGGAUAGCAGCCUUCAAGACAAGAGAAUACCUACUAAGUGGCUUCAAGAUGUCUUCAUUAAUUCGGAUGGACCAUUGUUGAUAUUAGAGAUACAGCAAUCCUUUCCACCUGUUGCAAGAUUUUUAUCAUUGGUUGGCUGGGAACGGCUCUUUUAUGGCAGAGAAAAGCAAGAGCCUUGGCAUGAUAUUUCAGCAACUCUUAUUACACAAAUGAACCAGAAUAAUUAUUGUCUUACAAUAGAAGAUCCUCUCUGGCAUGAUAUUAUAGACACAAUCACUUCUUGUUGGACUUGUGGCAGUGUCCCUCGUGUUGUGCUGUGUGGAGGACAAGGUGUUGGAAAGUCCACCUUCUUUAAGUACAUCAUCAACAGUUUGCUUACUAAUAAGCCAGAUUCAGGUAUUAUGUGUCUUGAUCUUGAUCCUGGGCAGUCUGAAUUUUCAUUACCGACUUGUUUGUCAUUGAUUCGGUUAACAAAACCACUUCUUGGACCAGCAUAUGUUCAUCACACAAAAAGUUUUGCACCCUAUGUUAAACAGGUGCUAGUUGGUGCAACAAGUCCACAGUUUAUGCUUCAGAGAUACAUAGCUGCAAUACAGUAUCUGCAUCAACUCAGCCAAGAGCAGCCAUCUUUACCUCUGGUAGUUAAUACCAUGGGAUGGACCCAAGGUACAGGUCUGAGCAUCAUGCUUGAUGUACUGAGAAUCUUAAAACCAACACAUGUUAUUCAGAUACAGAGUUCUCGUUCUCGUUCUCGAAUCAAUUUUCCAAUGGAAUUGCACAGUAAGGAAGUUAUUAGUGCUAGAGGUGGAAUUGUCACCCAGGCUAACCAGUCAGAGCUUUACUACAGCUUGUUCGUUUUGCCAUCAGUAGCAAAAGAGCACAGUACUCCACAUUCUUUUAAACCUAAAGUGCUACGAGAUUUGGCUAUAAUGGCUCAUGUAGGCCAAUUUAUUGGUAAGCUACCAGGAAGCAUGACAGAAACCAAUAAUAAUACAUCUAAUAUAGUGAAGCUGUCAUGGACAAAUGUGGUCCUACAUGUAUGUAAUCGUCAGAUACCUAGACAUUGUAUAUUGAAAGCAAUGAAUGCACAGCUUGUUUCACUAUGUCAUGUGAGUCCUGAUAAUAUAGAAACUGUUAGUCUGGAUCAUCCAAAGCAGUUAAUAGAAGACUCAUGGUUUGGGGAGGUAGUUGGUUGGGGAAUCAUUAGCAGCAUUGACCCAUUAACCCGAGAGCUGACUAUCUUGACCUCCCUUCAACCUCAGCAGAUUACCGCUCAAGUAAAUGCAGUCAUUAUGCCAGAGAUGCAUCUCCCAGACCCUAUCUAUAAACUUUUCUCACCAGGAGAAGCACCGUACUUACAGCAUAUAAGUCGUGAAGGUGCUGGACGUCUCAAAGUAAAUAGACAGAUUAAACCCCGAAAACAAAUUCAGUUUAAAAAAAACUGGAGAUAAUUGUCAGUACAUAAAGUUAAAUGCCAGCAUGUAUUUUUCUAGGUACAUAUGUAUACAAUUCUCUGGCAGUAAGGGUGAUGUACCAGAGUAUAGUGAUACCAACACUGUCGAAUGGAUGUGAAGUGUGGGUUUUGAAUGUUGCAGCGAGAAGACAUAAGGCAGUAGAGAUGUGUUUAGGGCAAUGUGUGGUUUGAAUAUUAUACAGAGAAUUUGGAGCUUUGAGAUUAGGAGGAGGUGUGGGGUCACCAGAAGCAUUGUUCAGAGGGAUGAGGAGGGGUUUUUGGGGUGAUUUGGACAUUUAGAUGACCAGAAAGGUGUAUAAAUCUGGGGGGAAGGAAAGGUGUGGUAGGGGUUGACCUAUUAAAGGAUGGAGGGAAAAGGGAAAGGUUUUGAGUGCUAGGUGCUUGGACAUACAGCAAGUUUGUGUGAGUACGUUACAUAGGAGUGAGUGGAGGAAAGUGGUUUUUAUGAUUUGACAUACUGUUGGAGCAUUUACAACGUAACAUUUUUGAGGGAUUUCAGGGAAACCGGUUAACUGGACCUGAGAUCUGGAGGUGGGAGGUACAGUGCCUGUAUGAUGGGUGGAGAUGUUGCAGUUUGGAGGGAAUUCUGAAAAGUGAUGUCAGCAUACUUCUGACUAGACACUGAUUGAAUGAGUGACACUGAAAGUGUUUUCUUCUUUUUGUCUCCCACCCUACCUUGAUGAGAGACAGCUAAAGUGUAAAUAAAAAGAAUGUAGUAGUCUGUAAAUUUAUGUAUGGAUAUUUGUUUGUAGGUAGCAUUGAAAUUUUAAGUCCAUACUGAGCACAGAUUAGUAUAGAAGGAAGGAAGAAGUAUUAGUAUUUUUAUAGAAAUAGAGACACUGUAGAUAAGACUAGUUAAAUUUGUUUUAUAAAAAUAACUUGAUUUUUUACAUGUCCAAAUUGUCACAGUUUUGAAACUUAUUGCAGAAAAGCAUAUUUUGUAUGUCAGGCAAAUAACAACCAAAUACAAUAUCCAAGUAAUUUGCUUGGGUGUUUUUCAUAGCUGUCAUUUUGAAUACUUAAAUUAUUUUAUUGUGAGCUAAUACAAUUUUUUUUUUUUUAAUUUAACAAUGGUUGUCAUUUGUGAUAUUAAGCAGGUUAACUACUUCAUUACUGAAAAAAAUAUUAGUUUUUUUUGUUCAAGCUUGAAAAAUUUGAAAAGCUUAAUUUUUUCAUAUUUUAUAUUUUUCCUUUAAAUGAGACAAUUCACAAUACUAUACAGUUGACUCUCAUUUUAUUUAUAUCCACAUUUUUAAGGACUCAACUAUUAAAUAAAUUUCAUAAACACUU